GUUUUUAAUCCAUUUAUCCUGAACGUCACCUUAACAGCUGUCUUUUAUUGAUGUUUGUUCGUUCAGACAAAAAAAAAAACACUGAUGCAUAUUCCGACGGCAUUCCUGUUUCCCCUGUGCCUGUGCAGCUCUGCUCCAACUAUUCCAACCAUGAUGGGGUGAACAAAAGAGGGAGGAGACAGAGGAGGGGCUGGAGGCAAGUGGGGCUAAAGACAAGUGGAAAAAGAGUUGCUGAUGUGAAAGCUCCACUGGCAGUAGUUUGACUCUCUCUGCCUGAUGUGGCACUCACAACCUGGGGCACUUGUGGAAAUAUUUUGCUUCACAUCUCUGAACAGAAAGCUCACGUAGGACAGUCAGGGAGAGAAGAUCGUUUAAAGGAGCUUUAAUAUUAAGUUUAGACAAGUGCAGUGUGAUACAAGUGACAUGGCAGCCGUGGAAGCACUGCAGUCCACGAGUGCUCAACUGGAGCCUCAAACCCUCACUGAGAUCUCUGAUGACGAACUCAACCUGCCACCAUCCGAUGAUGAAUGUGAAGACCCUGCUAUGAUGAAGAAAGAGACGUCCGUGGCUGGUGCAGAGGGGGAGAUCUGUGAGGAGAAAGAUGACGUGCUGAAGUUCGACCAGCAAGUGAGUGGGGUGAUCGUACUGUCCUUGCUCGACAAGAUCAUCGGGGCAGUGGACCAGAUCCAGCAGACCCAAAACGGGCUGGAGGCCCGGCAGCAGGAAAUGGAGCGGUCAGUAUCCAGCAUCCAAGGUGAACUGACCAAACUGACCAAGAGCCACAGCACCACAUCCAACAGCGUGAACAAGAUGAUGGAGAAGGUGCAGAAGGUGAGCGUGAACGUGAAGACAGUGCGAGCCACGCUGGAAAAGCAGGGAGGACAGAUCAAGAAGCUGGAGAACAACGAGGCAGAGCUGCUGAAAAGGCGCAACUUCAAAGUUAUGAUCUACCAGGACGACGUCAAGCUUCCUUCGAGACUCAGCAUCUCAAAAUCAAUGAAGACCUCAGAGUCCGUGUCCGGGAGCAGAGGCGGGAGCUUGAUCGAACUGAAGGAGGCGGCAGAGGAGCCUGGUGAGGAUGCUGGAGAUGAGGAGAAGGCAAACAAGCCUCAAGUGGACUUGUCUUCAGAUGAGGAGGCACUGGAGAUUGAGGAGGUCAGCGAGGUGACCCGGGCAGAGAAACUGAAACGUAGCAGCUUACAACGAGUGCAGACCCUGAAGACAGUUUUCUCCAAGGAGAAGAUGGAUAAGACCAAAGCCAGGACCAAGGAGAACAUAGAGAAGACACAACAGAAAACAAGAGAGAAAAUUGAGAAGACAAAGCAGAAGACAAAAGAGAACAUAGAGAAGACCAAGCAGAAAACCAGAGAGAACCUUGAGAAGACCAAGCAAAAGACCAAGGAGAACCUGGAGAGAACACGUCACACCUUGGAGAAGAAGAUGGGCAAGCUUGGAACCCGUAUGAGCGUUAACCAGGAGAGCAAGCAGAAAAUGCAAACGUCCCGCGAUAAAGUCAAGAAAGCCUUCACACCCAACCACGUGGUCUACGCCCGGUCCAAGUCUGCAGUCUACAAGGUGCCCCCCUUCACCUUCCACGUCAAGAAAAUCCGUGACGGCGAAGUGGAGGUCAUUCAGGGCACGGAGAUGGUGGAGGUCACCCAGGAAGCCGAGCCUUUCAGCGGAGUGGAGGGAGAAGUGGAGGAUGUUGCUGAGGAGGUGGAGAUGGAGAUGAUGAACGGCGGGGGAGAGGAUGAAGAUGCGGAGGAAGAGGAGGACACCCACGAUUACCACCAGGAUGACGAGGACAGAGACAGCGACUAGAUGGAAAUGAAACCAUCCAUUCUCUUCUUAAUGAAUCUCAAUGAAUAUGGCAUCAUAACCCAAAAUCAAAAGCACAAGCUUGAAACAUUCAUCAAUCAUUUGUAAGGUCAGUUAGACAAGAGAAGGGAUUCAUGAAUUCCCUCAUCAGGCUUUAUUGAGGUUCAUAAAUGAUUUAUAGCAGGAUUAAUGAACAUGUCAAAUCAUGUAGUUUUAAAAGGUUCUAGUCUGCAGCCACGUGUCUUUAACCGUGGAAAUAGAAACAUCGAGUAUUGUCCAGCAAAUUUGAUGUGUAAAUAAUA